AUGGACCAGGCAGAAUCCUCGACUUCCAAGGGCUAUCCAACGGAAUUUACAGCUAUGGGAUGGUUCGUUGAGGACGGCAACAUCUCAUUGAGUGGUGCCCUUCUUGCACUUUUGUGUUUGUACCUGCUCGGUAUUCGGAUUUUACGACUCUAUUUAUUUGACCAAGCGGGUCCAUCAGUUACGCGACCUCGACCGAUCGUGCAAGUUGUAGUGCUGGGGGAUAUUGGCCGAUCGCCACGCAUGCGUUGCCAUGCUGUUUCUCUUGCUGAUGCUGGAUGUCAAGUUGAUUUGAUUGGUUAUACGGAUACGGCACCAGGAAGCCGUGUCACCACCAACCGCCAUAUUCGAGUAAGACGCAUUCAGUCUGCCUGGUCAGUUCCCGAGGGCAUGCCCCGCUCCUUCUAUCUCUUAUGGGCACCUUUCAAAGCAAUAUUUGUCGCGUGUCAGCUUGUUUGGAUAAUGGGCUGCAUCACCCAGUACCCGGAUUUCAUUUUCGUUCAGAAUCCACCGGCUAUUCCGACAUUGGUUGUUGCCCGUGUUAUUGCAACGUUGCGCCAGGCCCGGCUUGUUAUCGACUGGCAUAAUUUUGGCUUUUCCGUCCUAGGGAUCAAGCUCGGCAUGGAGAACAAGGUUGUACAGCUUGCGAAACGUUACGAGCAGUAUUUUGGAUACAAUGCGUAUGCUCAUUUGACAGUGACGGACCGUAUGAACCGGGAACUGGUCCAAUGGGGAGUUGGUGGACGUAUCAUUACAUUCAAAGAUCGGCCCCCAUACCACUUUACGCGACUGUCGGAUGACAGAAUACACGAGUUUUUAAGCACUGUACGACUCGAUACGCUUGUGAGACAACAAACACUCAACGCGUCUGGUUUUCUUGGGUAUGAUGCCACCGCUUCAACGAACAGCAACAACAACAACAACAAGUCUGGGGACUUGUCGUACUCGUCUAUCUCGGCAGAUAAGUUCCGAGACGAGAACAUCCGGCUUGUAGUAUCCGCCACUUCAUGGACCGAAGACGAAGAUUUCUCGAUUUUACUCCGAGCCAUUGAAAAGUACGAAGCGUAUGCGAAGAAGGAAAUAUGUCCAAAGCUGCUGUUCGUCAUCACCGGUAAAGGCCCGCUAAAGAGCAUGUACGAGGAGCGUAUCUCUAGAAUGACGCUGGAACGGACGCGUAUCGUUACAGCCUGGCUCGAAACCGCCGAUUAUCCCUUGCUGCUUGGCAGUGCUGACCUUGGAAUAUCGCUCCAUACGAGUACAAGCGGAAUGGACCUGCCGAUGAAAGUCGUGGAUAUGUUUGGAUGUGGCCUUCCAGUGUGUGCCGCAGCAUUUGAAUGCUUGGACGAGCUGGUUGUCCACGGAAAGAAUGGUCUGGCUUUCUCGAAUAACGUAGAACUUGCGGAGCAGUUGAUGGAUCUAUUUGUGCGGGAACCGGAUAGUCUCCGGCGGUUACGCAGCAAUGUCAUUGAGGAAUACAAGGAACAAAGCUGGGAGAAGCAGUGGAAGGAUAUAGUCAGCGACAUUUUCAUUCCUUCAACAACAUAUUAUAGCACUGUAUCCUUAUUCACAUCUGCCGACAAGGUCGUUGGUAUCAUCGACAAUGCAGUUAUUGCUGCAACAGUUUCCGGCAUCCGCGACGGUGCACAAAACUUCGGACGUCAAACAGCCAAGUGGGUCAACGGGGAUUACAUUCUGGGCGCAAACCUGAGCCACCAAGCCCAUAGCGAAAAAGAUCAGCACCAUGAAGAUAAAAGUGUUCUUGGCAUCAAAGAGAGUCAUUUUCGGUAAUAAUGUAUCGCGUUAAAGCUGUAGUAGUAGUAGUAG